AUGCAAUCCAACAUUUUAUCCAACGUUUGCAAAAAGAAAGAUGCCAGAACUGGAAGAGUUUCCAGUUGGGACCAUUCAGGAAAGAAUGAAGAUUCUUUUGUGAUUUUGCCUGGCGAAGAAAUUGAAAUUGCUGAUAUUGAAGGUCCUGGAGCUAUCACCCAUCUUUGGUUUGUUCAAACCUGCUCAAGAGUGUUAGGACCUAAUUGGGAAACUCGUGAUGAGGAUUUCUAUAGAAAGGUACUCAUUAAAAUGUACUGGGACAACCAAAAACAUCCUAGUGUUUUGGCUCCACUCGGAGACUUUUUUUGUGUUGGUAAUUCUAUGGUUUCCAACUUCCAGUCGUUGCCAUUUACAGUCUCUGUCAAGCCAAGUCAAACCUUGAAAUAUGGUGGAGAUGCUGCUAUGAACUGUUAUCUUACAAUGCCAUUCAACAAGAGAGCAAAGAUUGUUAUUGAAAAUCAAAGUGAAAACGAGUACAUUCAAUAUUUUUACAUUGACUAUGAACUUUACCGAAACCCAAUGGAAGAUAUUCUUUACUUUCACUCGCAUUGGCGCAGAACAGAAGUCACAGAUGGAUGGGGUCCCAACAUUCAAGUGAACACUGAUGAUGUCAAUAUCACCAAUCUAGAUGGAAAAGACAACUACGUUGUUCUUGAAACUAAAGGUCAAGGCCAGUAUAUUGGUAUGAACCAUUCGGUAAUUCACUUUCAGGAUGUCUGGUGGGGAGAAGGUGAUGAUAUGAUCUGGGUAGAUGAUGACCCAGCAUGGCCACCUAGUAUUCAUGGUACUGGUGGUGAGGAUUACCUUGGUCAAGGCUGGAUGAUGCAGAAGAAUUCUUAUCCAUUUUGUGGAAGCAUUAUUCAUGAAGAUGAUGUGCCUCAAAACCAAGUCAGUUAUAGAUGGCAUUUGGUUGAUCCGGUAAGAUUUGAAAAGAGAAUCAAGGUGACUCUCGAACACGGACAUGCUAACCAUUUGAGUGAUGAUUGGGCUAGUACAGCAUAUUGGUACCAAACUUUACCGGGACCAAAAUUGAAAAUUCCAGAUGUUGAGAAAAGAUUGGUGAGACGUCCAAUUCUUCCAAGCCCUGAAUUAAAGGCACCGGACUUGAACACUCUUCGUCCUGAUGCUCGUGAGAUGCAUCUCAAGCAACAAGAAAAGAUGAAAGCUUUCCUUGAAAAGAGAAAGAGUGAAGCAGAAAGACGUGCCAAGGACUCAAAGGAAAGGGCUUUGAAGAAUAAGGAAAUCGCUGCAGAAGUAAGAUCCAGAUUCAUGAAUAACUCAAAAGGCAAUUGA